AUGAAUACGGAUACAAUUGAGAUUUGCAAAGCGACCAAAUCAACAACAAUCCCAGCUUCAAACUUUAAGGCUACCUUGUUGAGCCAACAUUUCAUCGUAGUUCCAACUCCGCUGUUAUCUCUUCCAAAUCAUAACGAGGAACCACAUCAACAAACCGAAAAACUGCUUUCGUCAUCGUCAUCGCUUGAUCUACCUAGCACAUUUGCCAAUGAUAUAACAUCCUCCGACUCAAAUGUGUUACACGAGGCUGUAAUGAAGAAGUUUAAUCGAACUAGUAGUGGCAAAAUUUAUGAAAAGGAUUUGAAAGAUAUUUUCGCCAUGUUAAUUAUCUCAUUACAACUUCCAAAGAGCCCGUCCAGUUCAUCAUCAUCAUCCAAAAGCAAAGGCGCAUCUUCGCUACCGCUCUGCAAAAUUAGACCCAUUGCAUUGAGCAAAAAGUACCCUUACUCAUUUCAUCUCCUGACGGCAAUCGAGUGGAUGACUCACCUUCGGGUCGAAAUAGAUUCAUCAAGUACGGUUACUUGCUUAUCUUAUAGCUUUCGACCAGAGAUUGCGCUCACAUUAAUUAACCAGUUCUACAAAGCUAAACUUUUGCAUUCUCCAGCUGAUAGGACACGGGCGGAGCCUAAACACAAUGUUUGGUUACAACCAACAGCCAAAGGUUUGGCUGUGGUUCAAUCAUUUUGUGAAAAGGUGGGAAUUAAAAAGCUGGAUAUGCCAGAUAUUUUGCUUCAAAACUCCUACAACUCAAUGCAGUUGUUUUAUUUUGAUCGUGACCAAGUAACUGACAAGAUUAUUUACUCCAAAAGUUUAAUACAUCUAUUAUUUGCAAGACUAUUGGGUCCUUAUCCAAAUGUAUGGUCACCAAUGAAUAAGCCGGAUCCAAUAACUUGUGUGACUGAGAGGGGAGAGUUUAUUUUUGGUAAGAGCACAGGUGAAUUCUCCCAAAUGAAUAAUGGUGGUAAUUUCAACAAACAUUCGGCUUCUGUUUCUCUAUCAAAGCCAACCAAUCCAUUUAGGUUUCUGGAAUACCAAAAGAAAACUUUAAAGCUGUCACAACCUUUUGGUGGGGGCCCUUCCGUAUCAAACAUAUCAGGGAUGAGUCCGUAUCAUCACAGAUAUUUCCUGAAUCCCGAAUCAGAUGCCCACAUGCAACACUACGUUUCAUCGGUUGGCGUCAGACUACACAAGGAGAAAAUUUUUGAUAGCACCAAGGAUUCUAUGCUACUUGCUUAUCGCAUAAGUGGAAAAGCUAUCACCCAAUGGCUCAUGGACUGCACUGACAUCGUUAGACCAAAACAUGCAAUUGUGGUUGCAAACUUAUUUCUUAGCCAAAAGUUGAUCAAAGCCUUCAAUCCAGGUGAAAGUAGUUUACAGUUUCACAAGGAACAAUACUAUCGCUUGGAUGAUAAGGGAGUAGCCCUUUGUAUGUGGAGUAAAGUUGGCACCAAGUCUGACCACAACCCCUUAUGCAAGCAAAACCCAUUCAGUCCCAAAGUCUCUUUGGACACUAUCAUGCAAGAUCCCGGCUUAAAAUUCCAAUUCAAAUGCCACUUGGAAAACGAGUUUUGUUUGGAAAACUUUGACGCAUAUUGUCAGUUGCAAACAUUCCAGGAUAAUGUCAAACUUUGGAAUGAUUUGAUGUGCGUUGGUGGACACGAAGGUGGCGAUGACAUAUUAAACAAGCAGACUAUGCAACACCAAACCAGUUCUCGAGAUAAGUGCAUGUCGAUUGCGUACCAGAUUUACAACACCUAUAUUGUUCAUGACUCACCCUCUAUGUUGAAUAUUGAUUACAGCUUGAGGCUGCAAGUAGUUAAAUUAUUAACACGAAUUUCCAAUGAAGAAACAAAUCACAGAAGCGACUUGAAAACGUACAUGCAAACACCAACGGAUGAAUUUUCACAUGAACAAAUUGACACAACAAAAGAACAUUUGAAUAGCACCGAGAAUAUUAAUUUGGACCAGGUGUUGAAGGAGCUAACCUACUUGUUUAACGAGAUCAGUGCCCACUUGUACAAGAUGAUGCAGGUAGACUCUUUACCAAAGUUUCUCAAUAGCCUUGACAAAAUAUAA